AUGCUGAAAAUUUCGGCUUUUUUCAAACUUUUCAUCUGUAUCGGAGCGGUCAUUCAACACGGUCAGUUUUUUGUUUUUACCAAACUAGAAAAAAACGUUUAGUGUUUCACGAAAAUUCAAAAUUCAAACAUUGCAAUUUGUUCCGCUGUUUCAGUAAAGUCUUUAAAGAAAAUAUUGCAAAAUUGUAUUUUACCGCAAAUAUUACGGCUUCAUAACAAUUCCAGUUUAUCAAAGAAUUUUCUCUGUUUCUCUGCGUCUCUCUCUCUCUCUCUCUGUCUCUCUCUCUCUCUCAGUGCCCUUGUACAUAAAUAAUGCUCAAAUACCGAAAAUGGUUCACCGGAAAUGUCGCCCACGCAUUUCGAGUCGGUUUGGUAGCAGCGGCAGCAGUGGGGGGCUAAUAGGUGUCAACGCGAGCGUAUUCUAAUCGUUUCCUUCUCUGCGUCUCUCGCCUCCACACACUCUCUCGCCGCUUUUUUGUUUUCGCUUUUCGGAAAGGGCACCGAGCAGAAGAAUAGGGAACCGAACGGAACGGAACACGGCGAGAGGUUGUACUACAGGUGGUUGAUGAGGGGUUCGAAUUGGGAUGCAUGAAGUAUGGAGAGCUAUAAAGACGAGGGAAUCAAAACGGAACGUCUCAGCCAUGUAUUAUAGGGGCACCGGACAGAAAGGGCGCGCUGUUAGCAAUCUGACCGAAUUUCUAGGCCGCGAAGUAAUUUUCCACUGAAAACGUGGCUUAACUUUUCAAACUCGGCCCCGAGGUCGCUCAAAAAAAAGUUUCUCAACAGAGCGCCAUUUCUGUGCGGUGCCCCUAUAAUAUCUCAGCUGUCACUAAUGCUAUCAAAAAAUUGACAAUUGAUAAAAUAUAUUUCUAAAACAUUACAUGUGUGUAUAUUAUAAUAUUACAACUUAUAGGCAGCUGAGAAACAGUAAUAUUCAUAGAAAAAAACUACUGCUAAACUUUGGGAUUUGUACUGAAAAAAAAAACGUGUCGCGUAUAUUCUGGAGCAAGUCACUUACUAACAAAUUUGCACGGGGAGAUAUUAAAAGUACAAAAUAAGAUUGCAGAAGACCGAGUGCCGAACGCGCCGCAAAACGUUCGUGUCAAGACGCAAUCGACGUCGGCGACGCUGUGGUGGGACGCUCCUCCGGAUGCUUCCGUUCUCAUCAGAGGAUAUACGGUCGAGUACGGAGAGGGAAGCAUUUCGCAGAGAAUCCUCAUCGAGGGCUCCGACAGCACUUCUUUCACCGUCACCAGACUCGGUUAGUGUUAGAUCUUCGGGGAUGUGUUGGGGUUUUUCCACUAACUUCUACUUUUUCGCAAAUUCAUACACAAAAUUCGGUCCCACCGCAAUUAUUUUGCUAAAACUAUUCGAAUUUGAGUUGUUUUUUCACCAUCGCACGGUCUCCAGAGCUGACAAUGCCCCGCCCAAUAGAGCGAUACAUUUAAAUUCAAAUGUUAGCAGAAAAAUUUUGUUUUUUUUUGCCAGAUUAGCCAUGAAAAACCGAUAAUUUCUCGUUUGUCUCUCGAUAGACCGAUUUUAUAGGCUAUUACGAAUUUUUUAAGCGCAAGAGUGUCAAAUUUGGUCAAGUCGCAAAUCACAUUUAUCCGUUUGAAGGUUUUUGCCUAAAACUGCGCGAAUUUCAGUAGCUUUUCGGUAGUUUUCGCGGUUCGAGCGCUCAAAAUGCUUGUAUUUACGUGAUUUACCAUUUUCAAAACCAAUUCUGUCUGAAAACGGUCAAGAAAGCGCAAAAUGAGAAGUGCGGUUUUUAGGCGGCGAAGGCGAAAACACAAAAUCCGCGAAAAAUGCGCCAAAACGUCAUUAAUUCUGCGAAUUAGUGUAUUUUCAUGUCGAACAAUCAUUUUCCAUCGCCUUUGACCACAAAAAUCACAGAAAAGCUGCUGAAUUCAUGAAAACGCCAAUGCACCAAAACUUCUGCAUUUUCGAUAAUUUUCAUGUUUUCUUGUCAAAGUAUCGCUCUUGACCGUAAACUUCAUGAAAACGCCCCGGCAGUCUCAAUAAAUGUUAUGAAAACUUGUAAGGAAACAUUAUUUUGCAAAAAAAAACCACUUGCAGCGCCCAACACGAACUACGUCUUUGCGGUUUCGGCGUACAACGAGGCGGAAGGCGAGGACGGCACGAAAGUGAUGUUGGCGGCGAAAACGCGACCGGCCGAAGGGAGUCAGACGGAGAAACUAUGGCCGCCCACUUCGGUACGGGCGAAAAUCGAAAAAGAAUCGGCGGGGAGUGCGAUCGUCUCGUGGGAGGAUCCGAAUCCGGAGAGCUCCGCCGAAAAUUCGAUCGAUUCGAUGCAACGGCAGUAUGUUGUCAAGUAAGGCGUUUUUUUUUUAAAUUUUGCGAUGUGCCUCGACGGAUAAUUUUUCAGCUACGGAAUCUACGAAAGCGACACGCAGCAGAAAGUGCGCUCGAAUGCGAAAUCGGUCCGUUUGACCGGACUGUUGCCCGGAAAAGAGUACGAAGUGGCGGUGAAGGUGGUGGCCGGAGACGGCAGUGAGAGUCCCUGGAGCAUCAGAGACCUAUUCCUGCUGCCCGAGGGUUCGUUUCUACUUUUUUGUUGUUGUUGUUGUUGAAAAUGUAGACAUUUAUAUAGGCCUGAAGUGUUCACCUCAAUUUCUACAAAAGUUUAAUGUAAAAGAAGUGAACAAAAUGUUUUGAAAAAAAAGACCUACGCUAUUUUUUUCCGUUCGUCUUGUUUUCGGAACUCUGCGGCUUUUGGUUGUUCUGGAAAUUAGGCGAGUGUAAAAAACUUCUGGAAAAAAAGUAUACGGGCAGUGUGAAAUUAAAAAUGGACAAGUGCAGAGUUCAGCGCGUGAGAGAUAUCAGUGUUGGACGGGAAAAGAAUAGGAAAAGUCGGGAAACGGAAGACGGAAUUCCGCUCCAACUGGCCGAAUGGACCAAACAGCGUUGCGUUGCGUCUUUUGGCCGUUGGGAAGAUACUCUGAGCAAGGAGAAGAAAAGAGAAAGGUUCUCGGCGAAGAUGGUCCUCAGGAGGGUUCAAACUACGAACCCGUGUUCCGAUGAUCUGUCUACGUGAUCAUUUGUCCAUCAAAACACUCGUAAACUCCUCUGAUUUCUGUGACAGGUGCGAAAAUCUUGAACGGUCCCUGUCCGGCCAUCAAAAUAGGUGCGAUCCUUGGACGCGUUGCGGUCUAUGCUCCCCGACGGACCGUCCAUUCUGCCACAACCAUUCCCCUUUUUUCUCCCUGCCCUGCCUGUCUUCCCAAACGCCAACCCCUCGAGUACGGUCGCUUUAAAGGCGCAUGCCUACAUUUUGUCGCAUCCCGUUUGACCUACCGCGAAACUAUUGAUAUUAUGCUGUUGUGAACACGCUUGUAAUUAUCAUAGUUGCCACGGGCCGGGCCGGGCCGAAAUUUCCAAAACUCCGGCCCGGCCCGGCCCGGCCCGGUCGGCCCGGUUCAAAAAGCGAGAAUUCAAAAUUUGAAUUAUUGAUCGCAUGAAGCCAUUUUUUGUAGAAUUAGGGGGUACUCGUUUCGUUUCUUUCUCCAGUGAAUAAAAACAAAAAAGUUCGAAAAUCUUUUUUGUAAUAACGAAAAAAAAAUUUCCGCGAAAAUUUGAAUUCCCGCCUUUUGAACCGGGCCGACCGGGCCGGCCCGCAUGGCCGGCCCGAAAUCUGGCAAGUCUGGUAAUUAUUGAGAAUCCGUCAAUAGACUCGCGAUAGACCCGUUUGAUAGUACAGAGCGCGAAGCUUACGGAGUGUCGUUGUUACAAUGAAAAAAGGCCAAAAAGAAAGCGGUUGGUGAGGGUCCAGUGAAUAAAUGCAUGAUAGACCGACCUUUCCUCUCAUUUCAUCGCUAUUCUACAUCGGUUGUUUACAGACUCAAGCCAACAUUUUGGAAAUUAGGCAGGAGUAUGCAAACACCAAAGGGGCGGGAUCUCCACGUCCUCAGUGUCCGUAUUUUUUGAAAGAAAAGCUUAGAAAUGCAAUGUUUUCAUAUUGCGACACUUUUUCUAAACUCUGAGGUGUCACACCGUGUGCCUGUGGACUCUAAUAUACAGAACAAUAGUGCGCUUUUUGAACUGUACGGCAGAGUUGAGCGGAAAUGGAAUUUUGAAAUCCGGAAGACGGAAGAAAAUUUUUUUACGGAACACGGAAAACGGAAGACGGAACAACAAAAAUCGUCAAUGCAGAACCUUUUUCUCCGGUUUUUUUUUUGAAAAAAAUAACUAACAAAAUAACUUGUAAAGCAACAAAAAUUUUGGAUCUGGGUCAUUGCCCGUGGAAAUUCGCGUUCUUCGGGGCUAGUAAAUGGCUUCUGAAAAAAAAAAAAAUUUCUGAGAGAAAGAAGAAAAAAAUUCUGAGAAAUGGAUACGAGCAUUGUUAUGAAAUUUAGCACUUUUAUUAGAAACAAUAGUAAUAUUGCGAAUUUUUUAGAGUUGCUAAGCCAUCCGACAAAUGAAUGCUUCGAUUGUUCUCAUUUUCAGCCGCGUCCAUCUCGAAAUUCGACUGGUUCUGCCGUCUGAACGACACAGAAAUGUGUGCGAUGGACAGUUCGUCGCACUGGAAACUGUGCACCUCGAAGCACGACACGUACACGCAGAGGGAGGCGGGCGCGUGUCCCCGCGUACAGUACCCCUCGUCGCCGGCCCAUUUGACGACGCCGACUAUCAACCUGCCCGAUGCCCGUCGAUUGUGCCUCUAUUUCCGAUUCGCUCUCCUCAAUUUUCAUCCGGGUAAUUAUAUUGUCAGCAGUCUUUCCUUCUUAUAAAAAAUCAAUAAUUUCAGGUCAAAUGAAAGUGGAAGUGUUGCGCGACGGCGACAUUUCGAAUCGUCAGAUUUUGUGGAAAACGAGAAUGGCCAACAUUCGAACGCAUGUCGUUCAGAACGUUUACAUUCCGUUCUCGCAACAAAUUCAGCCAUUCAAAGUGAGUUUCAAAUUCAAAUUCAAAAAAAAAAGUGUUGCUUUUUUUUACCAAUGCAUGGAGCAGUUCGUUGAAUAAAAUAUUUCAACUAUUGUAGGUGUCAGCGUCUCUAAAAUGGGACGGUCAACCGAUGCCACGUGUCAUUGUGCACGAGAUGGACGUGCUCAGUGGAGGAUGCUCCGAGAGAUCCACGGGUUUGUUUUUUCUUUAAAAAAUCUAUGAUGCCGCGUCCAAUGUCUCGGAAAAACCCGGAAAAACCGCAUGUUUUUCUGUCCAAAGUCGGCCGAAAUUUGCGUGAAAAACGGGGGUGCGCACAGCUCAACGAAUGUGACCGUACCCCCCUAAAACUACGGUAUUUUUUGAAAAUUUGCGCAAGAAAUUUAAAUAUUUUCAAAUAUCCCCCGCGGUUUUUCCGGUUUUUCCGAGACUUUGGACGCGGCAUAAAAAGGUGGACCUCUUUUUGGAAACCGGAAAAAAUGUACAUUUCAUUGAAUAUUGUUAUGAUAGCAGCCUAUUACCAAUCUCAAGGUUUCGAUAAUAAUAGAGUUACAUAAUUUUAUUUUAUUUUACAAUGCGCCCAUUUUAAAUUUUUACUGUUACAAAAGUGGAAAUUGUGGAGGUCGGACUUGUGAUCCUUUUUGAUACCAGAUAUGGCAAAAAAAAAAUUUUUUCAAAUAAUAGUAUUACAAUAGUCGUUUAUGUUCAAAAAUGGCAUUAAACAUGAAAGUCGGAAGAGGAAAUGUUCGGAACCCGGCCCAAUUGAGAACCACUCGUUUAUUAGUGCUCCAGACUCGCCAUUGUCCAUUCUUUUUUCAAAACAAUGCGGCGAUGCCACCGCCCGAAACUAGUAUAUAUAUUUUCGAUAAAAACGAAGAAAAAGGGGAGCUUCUUCCUUCCUCUCUCUCUCUUUCUCUUUCUCUCUCUCUCUCCCUGACGAGACGUCCUUCUCGCUGACCCCCAAAAUUAGGCCCCGCCCCUUUUUUUGUUUCACGCCCCCAAAUCCCUUGGCGCACUGCCAAACACACUGACUUUGACCAGAAUUUUUGGGAAGAAAUAUAUUUUUCGCUUUUUUUUUCAGGGCCUAGAAAAUGUAGGGCGAAACGUAAAGAUUAUAAUCCUAUGGAAUUACUUCUUCUCUCUCUCUCUCUCUCUCUCUCUGACUUUUCUCUUCUUUUUACUUGUUUUACUCGUGAUUCUAUGAAAAGUUUUGAAGAAAAUGGCGAAACGACUAUUGUAUGCCCACGUUUUUCUGGCCAUUAACAUUUUGUGCCGAAUUUAUAACACACAAGCCCAACCGCCGCCGUUCUUCGCUCUCAAUCAGUUGCCCGGAGGUACGUCUUUUCAACAACAAAAAAACCGAUUUUUUUUUUCGGAUUUCAAAAAGUUUUAGGAACUUUUUUGCUUUGUGAAAGCAACAUUUGUCGUCUAGCCUAUUCUCGACGUUAAAGUCCCCUCAGCUUUUUCGUCGAUUCCCAGUUGACCUUGAAUUAGCAGGCAAAAUUAGUGUCCUUGACUGACUAAUCACUUUUUGUGUCUGCUCGAAAAGACCGUUCGAAGAUUGUCUAAAACAAAGGGGAAAUCAUUUUGAAACAUAAAUUUUGGCGCGCCAGCCUGCGUGAAUUUCGUGCUGCGCCUUUAAACGGCUACCGUAAUCUUCGUUCAAAAUUUGCGAAUUCCUGAAUGAUUUUUGCGCUAAUGUAGCCGAUUCGACCUGUAAUUUGUAAAUUUCGCAUAUUUUUUGACGUUUGAGCGCUCAAAAGAUGCGCAAUGAAACGCUCUUUUUCGUGUUUAGCUCUUUUUGGAUAUUUCGAAGGCAAGUGUGCCUGUGCGCAUCGAAACUGUUGUUCUUCAGUGCUGAUUUUUGCGCUAAAAUAGCCGAUUCGACCUGUAAUUUGUCAAUUUCGCAUAUUUUUUUGACGAUUUCUCGUGUCGGUUCUUCUGGAUUACUCCGAAAUGAAAUCCGCCCGUGCGCAUCGAAACUGUUGUUCUUCAGUGCUAAUUUUGAAAGAAUCUGCUCCGUUCAGCGCUCCAAUCUCCCGACUCUCGACGAAUCAAAUGUCAAAGUUUAAAGAGAGGUGGAUGAUGCAAACGCGCUCUCUUGAGAACUUCAAAUAAAUUUUUUCAUUUUUUAAACUUUCAAAUUCACAAUUCCCCCCCUCAAAAUCGCUAGCAAAUUGAAUUCCUAACCCAGAAUUUUCGGCUCAACUUUCGAGGCACCAAAAGCAAGAAUCCAAUUGCCAACUGCUAGUUCCGUUCCAAAAAUAAAAGGAACAAUGGAAAUUGGCACCUGUCUGGUUGGAAAAUGUUCGGGAGAGCUCCUCUAGGACCCCCUCUGCUCAUUUGUCUCCUCCAGAAAGGGGGGUCACGGGGAGAAGUGAAGCAUGAAACAUUGCUUCUUCUCUUUCUCCCCACGCCAAUAUUGUCCAUUCAUUCACACUUGUCCCUCUCUCUCUCUCUUAUAUUAUCCAUCAUUUCGGCACGACAAGAAGCACAUGGGAUUAUGAGAAGGAGGACAAUGUGAUAUUGUAGUAUUAUUAUUAGUUGGACACUAUAAUGUUAGUGUGUGUCUAAUUAUUUAGUAUAGGACAGGAACAUUGGAUAAAGUGGACUUUUUUUGCGGUUUCAAAAAAAAAUGUUUGAAAUUUUAGACGCAUUGUUUUUCUGUUCGUGCUACAACCGCAAUUAUAGCAAUUUUAAAUUAUUUUCUAACAUUUCGAAAUUAUGAUUUUCCAAAGAAAAAGCUCGUAAAUCUUCUCAGUGUUUUCCCAUAAACUACGUCAAUAAAGGUCGUUCGCCAACACCACCAAGUGGCGCCCACGCAGAGAGAGAGAAAGAGAGAAAAAACGAAACGGACAGAGAAUCUUCCCUGUUUUUGCCGUCAAUUUCCAUUCAUUUCGCCGCCAGACGCCGAGGUUAAUGGUCGGCCGAAAAACACGGAAAUUAGUAGUGGAUUUCGAGGAUUCCAAUCAUUUGUUCGGGGGGGGGGGGAGGAGAUCUGUAUCCUCUUCGACGUGGCUCUAAAAAUCGAUCCGUGUACGGUUCUGUGGCCCCAACACCAAUGUCAUUCGGCGCAAAUUGAUUGACAAAAAUAGUACUGUUUCACAAAAGGUGAUAGUCAUUUGUGUCUCGCGCCUCUACAUCAAAACCAGUGUUGAGCGGAAUUCCGUCUGCCGUCUUCCGUCUUCCGUCUGCCGUCUUCCGUGAGAAAAAUUUUCUUCCAUCUUCCGUUUUCCGUGUUCCGUAAAAAAAAUUUUCUUCCGUCUGCCGUUUUCCGGAUUUCAAAAUUCCAUUUCCGCUCAACUCUGAUCAAAACUCACUAUUCUAACACAGUGUGCUUGUGCUCGAUCCGUCCAUCCGCAUCACAUUUAUCAUUCGUUGUGCGCGCCUCUUUCCGAACGUAUAAUUGAUUGUGCCUGUCGCUCUUCCUCCCGCCGGCCGGAAGAGCACCGAAACGAUGAGCAAAAAAAGGGGGAAAGGUGAAAAAUGAGGUGGAGAAUAAAUCACGGGAAAAAAAGAGUGGCGGGGAAGGGGCGAAAAAAAUCCUCUAAAAUCCUUCAAAAAUUGUAGGGGGUACCUUGUCCGCCGGCGGUUCGUGAAACGGCUCCCCAAGGAGAGAUUAUCUCAAAAUAACACACUUUUUUCGCGUUUGUUUUCCGCUCCCGAAAUUAUUGGAAAAAGUUCGUCGUUGUAUUCGUGUAUUCCCACGGGGAAAAAUGAAAUGUUUGGGCGAUUUUUUGUUGUUGUUGAAAAUGUUGCCGAAAUGAACUGAUUCUGGCCGGAACAAGGGCUUGAAACAUUUCAUUUUACAGAUGACGAGUCGGAAGUGGACCUCCUGGAACCGGUAAAAGCCUCCCUGAAUGCAGACUCUCGAGUAUUCCGCGCCAAAGGGAUCGAAUCGCUGCCGGCCAUCGGACUACAGGUUUGCUUGGUGCUAUUUCGAUAUAGAAAAUGUCUCGGAAUAGAAGUGUUCCGAAACAGAAGUGUUUUGAAAUAGAAGUAGCGAUAGAGCGCGUUCGCAACUCGUUUUCAUGAAUUGAACAGGUUUUCUCUGAUUUUUGUGGUCAAAGGCGAUGAAAAAUGAUUGUUCGUCAUCAAAACACACUAAUUCUCACAGAAUUAAUGACGUUUUGGCGCUCAUUUUUCGCAGACUUUGCUUUUUCGCCUUUGCCGCCUAUCGCCGCCUAAAAACCGCACUUCUCAUGUUGCGCUUUCUUGACCGUUUUCAGACAGAAUUGGUUUUGAGAAUGAUAAAUCACGUAAAUACAAGCAUUUUGAGCGCUCGAACCGCGAAAACUACCGAAAAGCAACUGAAAUUCACGCAGUUUUAGCCAAAAACCCUCAAACGGGUAAAUGUGAUUUGCGACUUGACCAAAUUUAACGCUCUUGCGCUUAAAAAAUUCGUAAUAGCCUAUACAAUCGGUCUAUCGAGAGAAAAAUGAGAAAUUAUCGAUUUUUCGUGGCUAAUCUGGCAAAAAACACAAAUUUUGCAGUUAAAAUUUGAAUUUCGCGCCAAUGUAUCGCUCUCUACGCACUUGCGCCCAUUGUCAGCUCUGGAGACCGCGUCCAAGCCUUUUUCCGCGCGCCAAACCUUCAGAUGCGUGCUAUUCGAAGAAUACCGAUUAAUUUUUCCCAAUUUUUGUGGGAAUGAGUUUAUUAUGAUUGAAACUAACAAAGAGCACCAAGUAACUCGCGAAAAUUUCUUGGGUCACUGAAAAAUAGCUUUUUUCGAAAAACGACGUGCUUUUUGUGUCUCUUUGUUAGUUUACAUUAUAACGAACACGUUGCCAAAAAAAGCAAGUAAACUGAAUCAGUAUUCAUCCGUCGGCACGCAUCUAAAGUCUCGGAACAGCAGAAAAAGGCUUGGAGAGCGCGCAGCCGUCUGCCGCGAAAGUUCGCGCGUUCUUUUUCGUUCUGACUGAGGGAAAGGAGCGUGAAAACGGACAAACCUGUGCAAGAAUAAUUUCGCACAACAAUUCACAACAAAAAUUAUCUAUUUUCAGAGAGGCGUCGAAAUUGCAGUGCCGUAUCGAUUGUACCUGCCACGCAACUUUUUCAAGCAAUUCUCUCUGCUCGCCACGAUAAAGCCUAUGGAUAAGCGGUAAGACCAAAAAAAAUAAAGUUCAGAAAUAAACGUUUUUUUUCCAGAGGCGGAUACCUGUUUGCAGCAGUGAAUGCGUUCGAUUCGGCUGUCGAUAUUGGAUUGCUCUUGGAGCCGGCCGGUAAGAAGACUGCGUUUAAAGUUGACCAAAUGACACCGGGCUUGGACACAACGGUGCUUGUACCGUCAAGAUAUUGAGAAAAAAAUUUGGUGUUGCUAGGUGCAAGAUGAAGGGUACUUUUAUGGGUCAGCGUGAAGACUGUCCAGUUUAGUACUGAAAACGGCUUCACAAAACGAAGCCGCCUGAGGUCUCGGAUAAUCUUAGUGAUUUCAUGAUACUUAGAGCAACCGUAGCCCUACAGUAAUCCAUUCAGGCACGAAACAGUCGAACAUCUCUCUGAUCGUGCGUUCCACUGCGGUCGCCUCGUUUCUCGUCGACGACUUCUCGCAACAAUGGACGCAAUUCGCACUGGAAGUCAUCGAGCAGACCGUCACCUUCUACUUCAAGUGCCAGCGAUUCGCCUCCAGACAGGCACGCCACUUUCAAACCGUUUCGAUUAUUGUUCCCAUUCUUCAGGUCUCCUCUCUUCCCGAUUUCUCGUUCGACGAAGCCGAAAAAUUGUACAUUGCGAGCGCGGGACCGAUUAUUGAUAACGGAUUCGAGGUACUCUUUUUCUCUCUCUCAUUUCCACAGACUUUUUCCACAGACAACAUGGCGAGGUAAACUUUAUUCCGGAAUUAAACAAACUAGAAAACAGUUGGUAAUACUAUAUUCAUUCAUUACCUGAAUUAUUCAUUCGUGAAAAAAAAAAACGCAAAAAGGGUCAAGAUUUGUUAUUGUUUGUUUAGUAAGCCAGGCGGCCCCGACCUUCCUCGUUUCGUCAAUUCCUAAUAACACGGCAAACUGGAAAAUUUCAAUAUUUUUUCCCGUAUUCUCCGGCUGAUUUCCGUUAAUUUUAGCGCUCGUGGGGGUCUGUAGCAUUUUUUAGAAUAAAGCUAUGAUUUUUCAAAGUUGAGCGGAAAAAUUUUGCAUCAACCUUUGAAACUGCUUAUAAAAUGACGUGUCAGAAAUCUGAAUACAGUACCCCGGAACGUUCCCAGGCGGUCGCCCAAAAUGAUCAAAAGACAUUCCGCCAAUGAUUACUCCAUUCGCAAAUACAUAAAUGACUUUCCCCUUUUCUCUUUCAGGUCCCCGCCUUCUCUCUUUUUGAAUUCAUGUGUGCCCUCCCAAUUCGUCAUUCUCAUUGAACUUCAUUCUUCGACACUUUUUGUCUCAUUCACAAUCCAAUUCAAAAGUGCACAUUACACAGAUGGGAAAAGGGGGUAAAUAGAGGGAGAGAAUGGGCGGUACGCACUUCUUUUUUUUUUCGUUCGAUUCAGAUGCUAAUAGGAACGGUGGGAGCCGGGCACCAAGUGCCAGUGCACUCGUUUUUCUGUCCUCCGCCCACGCAUUUCUCCUCUUCGUUGUGUCAAUUGUUCUGAAAAUUACAUUUAUGAAAGCCCUCUUUGCAUCACGAAACCGCCGGCCUCUCCAAUUUGCGUGCGACAAUUUCGUGAUGCGCCUUUAAACAGCUACCGUAAUCUUCGUACGAAAUUUGCGAAUUCCUGAAUGAUUUUUGCGCUAAAAUAGCCGAUUCGACCUGUAAUUUGUCAAUUUCGCAUAUUUUUUCAAACGAUUUCUUGUGUCGGUUCUUCUGGAUUACUCCGAAAUGAAAUCCGCCCGUGCGCAUCGAAACUGUUGUUCUUCAGUGCUAAUUUUGAAAGAAUCUGCUCCGUUCAGCGCUCGAAUCGAAACUCUCGACGAACAAAAUGUCAACAUUUGAAGAAUGAAAAUGAACCGAUUCCUAGUCGCUAGAUGAUGCAAACGCGCUCUAUUGAGAACUCGCUCGCGCAUUGCCAUCCAUUCUCCCGCCGCAAAUUCUGAAUCGUGCGCCCGAUUUUAAGUCACGUCCGGGCUAGAGUCAAAACCAAAACAAUUUGCAAAAUUGGCUGAAAUUUUAGAGAAUUGUCGGCACAAUUUCCUCUUGUUGUUGCUCAUUCGAUGAAGAUGAAAAUAAACUGGAGCACGGGGGGAAACUAGAGAAACGAGCGAAUUGAAUCCCAUCCAUAACAAUUCAAAAAGCCCUCUGAAUAGCAUAGGGAUAUCCGAAAGACGUACUCUCGAUUUUUUUCGCUCAAAGAAAACGAAAAACGUAAACUUUUUGGCUUCAAAAGUGCGCCCAAACUCUUCACAAUCGUUUAUUUAUAGAUUUUUCGACAAAAUUUAUCCAGAUGAUCAACACAUUUUUCGCCCAAUUCUCUCUGUGAUUUUUAGUGAUGAAUUUAGUGACGUCACUGUUUACCAAACUACCGUAAUCCUUGAUGACAAAUUCCACUGAUUACUCAUUUUUCUGACCAGAGUUGACCGUCGUUUUUACAAUGGUUUUGUGGGACAAAUCGAAACAGCUCCAACUUGAGAAUUGCAGAAAAUGUCAAGGUCCGCCCACUUGUUCCUCACAUUUCCCUUAUCGCCCCCACUUUGCUUUCCAAUAAAUAUAAAAAUGUUUUCGCGAAACCACAAACACCUCUCCCGAUCCGAUCAUUCCUAUCACGUUUAUUUUUUUACACACAAACACUUUAAUAUAAAAAACCACGGAAAUAUCUCUUUCGCUUCUUCUUCUUCUUCUUCUUUUCGGUUCUUUCCGCUCAAGCGCCGAGAGCCUAGAGGACCUAAGAUUAAUUGGUUGGCCCUUCGGAUCCACGCAAAAAGAGCACCGGCGGAGCAUUUGUGUUCCCCGCCGCCGCAGCAAAGUCUGAUUAGAGUGAUACUACAAACUGAUCAGUCUUUUCGUUCGGCGUAGUAGCAUUCGGUUUAAUUCAAUUUUGGCAACUCUGACGUUUCUAUUACGUUUCGAAACGUUUUCUUAACAUUUUGGUGUAUUCUUAUGCCUAACACUGUUCCAUUGUUCUAGAACGUCUCGCUUUCGCCACUCAUUUCUCCCCUCAAAAAUGCAAAAUGUUAUCAGAAAUGCGUCUGCCCCUACUCGCAUUAGUGCUCAUUCUUCCGGUGCUCUUGGCCGACUCGUCGCAAGAGCUCUCCGACGACGUGGAAUUGUUGUCGUCGGAGUUUGCGGACGAGUCCCACGUGGCGGGUACCGUAUUCCAAGUACACGUGCCCAAUACGGACGCGCAUUUCCGAAAAACGCGCUCCUCUUCGGAGGAAAAGGAGCAGAACGCGGUCGCCAUGUUGCCUGUGGAGACGGUCGAAGUGGAGGAAGGAAUCGAGGACGACGGAAAGGUGGGACGAUAUUGUCGGUCUUAUUUUGCAGGGAGCCAUCCAAGAGCUCAAACUGAUCGAUGACGCCGGGCAGGGAGCACGCCAGUGUGACGAACUAUGGGUAAACCAGGGGAUUCAUGGGUGGGGAACUUUUCUUGCAAAUCUUACCUGCCGUUUCAAUUAAACAUUAGUAGGCAAACUAACUUUUUUGAAAAACGCCAAAUUCAAAACAAAACCCCUCCAUCUUCCUCUAGUGGCGCCGUCGAAAGAUCGAAAAAGAGCGAGAUUCGUUCAAAAAGGUAAGUUUACAAUAUCGAUUUGUGGUCAUUUUAUGUCAUCCGCUUUCUGUAACCUAGCGGCAUUUCUCUGCAAUCGCGCUCUGUUCCUAAUCUGGCCGUCAGGUAAUCUUUUAAAAACUCGGUUGCACAGUGUGCACUGCAAAACGAGUUUCUCAACAGAGCGCGGAUGCAGUGAAUCGCACCCAUAAUAUACGUAGUUGUAGUCUACUUGUUUUGUAAACUAAAAUGAGAAAAACGAUGCGUUUUGUCCGAUUUAUUUUCAAAUUUCCCAAAAUUUAUACCCAAUUUGCAGAUCGAAGGUUCCGGAACUCCGGAUGAGCUGAAAAAGGCGCCAGAAAUUGAGUACCAAAAAAUCGAGCAGCAAUUUCCGCCCACGCCCGCACCGCCGCCGCCGUUCCCGUCUCCCGAUGUCGCUUCUCCGCACGGUAAGCCAAUUAGCCGACUAGUUUCGGAUUUCUAGACGACCAAACACAGAAAAACAAUGUGGCUUUCAAAAAUUGGCUUGAACAGAAGAACUCACGGCUGUUCAGCCGACAAAUCCGGCCCAUUACAUGCAAAAAUGACACAGAAAUUUCAGUUGUUGUCGUUCAGGCCAGAAGUUCACAGAAAACUGCAAAAAAUGUCAACGACACUCCGUUUUAACGCGGCGGCGCUGAACCUAACAUUAGCCAUUAUUGGGGAGAAAAUCCAUAAUGCUUGGCUCAAAUUUUCAGAUGUUUUCCUGUCCGACGACUCUCUGGUUGUCCCUUUUAUGGGCAGUCAGCCGGCGGCUAGAGGUCACUCGAGUUUCGGUUUCAAAACUUUUCAAAAUUGUCUCUCCCCUUAGAAACAUGGCUGAAAAUUUUGUGACUUUUGCGCUUUUUUUUUGCAUGGUGUGUAUGAUGAACAUUUGAGGAUGUGCGAUUUUUUAGGCCAUCCGAUGAAAAAAAGUGUCCAUAUAAGUUCAAGUUUUGAGCGUUUGAACAGUUUGAAGUUGCCGAUUGUUCACCCCUUUAGCCUGAUAUUUCUCCGGUUCAGUGGUGCGACUUUGAAAUCGAUCUUGUCUCGAAAUGGAGGAGCUUUUCAAUUUUCAAAAAUAUCAAAAAUGAACUCAUUUUGACACCCCUGAACUAGAGUUGUACCAAACCUCUUUUCUCCUCAAUUUCUUCCAGUGUUGCAGACCUCCGCUCGUACGACCAAUCCGCCACGUCACCGUUCCAAGGAUCACAGUCCCCAAUCGGCCAAUGCACUCAAGUGUGCCGCGGAGAACCCGGUCCCCAAGGCCCUGCGGGUCAAGAUGGACUGCCCGGAUCGCAUGGAGCGCCGGGCCAUCCGGGAGAACGAGGCGCCGACGGACUGCCGGGUCAGCACGGAUCUCGCGGCGAGCAGGGACCCCCCGGACCCCCCGGAAUGCCCGGAUUAGCAGGACCGCCAGGGCCGCCGGGAUCCGGCUCCGACUCCUCUGGCCACGGAUCGGGCCCCGGGCCACAGGGACCGCCUGGACUUCCAGGGGCUCCGGGAAGAGAUGGAGCCGUCGGGGCGGAUGGGGAACGGGGACCGCAGGGACCGCCCGGACCGAAAGGAGACGACGGAGCGAGCAUGGAGAAUCUGACGGACGAGGACAUCGAGCGCAUCGCCAGAAGGGUCGCCGCCAUUCAGAAAAAGGACCGACUGCUGCCCGAGUACGAUAGAACGAUGCAUUCGGCGACGACGAAGGGGGAGAAGGGAGAGCGGGGGGCUCCUGGAGCGCCCGGAUACGCACAGCCUGCAGGUUCGCCCUUUUUUUUUUACUACAUUAGGAGCAUUCUUUACUUCAAAAGUUAUCCCGAAAACUACAUUUGUUUAUUUAUAAAUUUCCCGUUUUUCCCUAAUCCCUGUUCUUCUGUCAGCCAACUUUACCAAACGAAAUUGUUGCCCACUAAAAAUGGCCAGAAUAUUGUUCCCAUCUUUUAUUAUUCUCAGCCAAUUGUUUCUAAUCAACAAUAUCAGUCCGAUUUAUGUAUUCCCAAUUCCCGAGGUCUUUCUAAAAGGUAAGGAAACGUUCAAAACGAAAACUUGUAGAAUGAGCACUGAAAAAUGCGCGUGAAAAUGUUGCAGCCGUCCAAACAUCGAACGCCGUGAACGUGCACGCGACGACGGUGGAAUUGUUCGCUUCGGCGCGUGCGACGUCAGUCGGCCAACUCGCAUUUGCCACGUCAUCGCAACAACUGUUCAUUCGGGUGACGAACGGAUGGAAAGAGGUCCAAUUGACCCACUUCCAUCCGUUUUUGGAGACGAGACAGUCUACGGUACGUGUGGGAGAAAGGGGCGAAACAGCCAAUAAUUCCCAUCUUUUUUCUCCCCCUCCCCAAUUUUCGAAUGCAUUUUUGUAUUGUAGCCAAUUGAACUAGAUUCCCGCUAUUCGCCGAAUAGCAUUGAGUUUUGGGUGAGUUUAUUUCAUUUUCUAAAUGUUGUGAUUGUAUAGAAUUUUGUUGUUUACUCAACAAACUUUAAAGGUCCAGGGAACCCUCAACUUUUUUGAAUUUGUGUCUGUCUCAAUUGCCACAUACACUGUCCCAACUGUCCCGAAACAGCGCGCAGCUAAAGUUGUGGCCGUGACCUAGAAAACGCAGGUGUGGAAUCUCUUCCCUGCACUUUGGCAAUCUGUUAGUUUGUGCGAAUGAUUGGCAACAUCUGAAGAUUGUGUCGAAUGGAAAAAAGACACACAUUGCCUAGAAUUUAGCUAGGCCACGACCACAACUUUGACUGCGCGCUGUUGCGUCUAGGACAGUGUACGUGGCAAUACGAGACGAUUCAAAAGACAGACACAUUCACUCGCAGGGUUCCCUCGUCCUUUAAUGUGUUUCUCAUCUAAAAAAUGUUGACAGAGCCGUCAAAAUGGGCAUAAAUGUUCGUCGCGUCAGCCGCGAAAUUCGAAUGUAAAUUGAACUGGAAAUUAGUUAUUUGUGGUGCAAAAAAAAUCGGUUUUUUUUUUCAAGAAAAGUACAGUGUACCUAGGGCACUGUACCUUUUUUGCACACCUGCCCUUUAGUCAACUCACUCCCACUCCCACUUGUCACAUCACAACAUCUAUAUAUGUUUAGACAGACUUUUGUGAAAUCUUGUGAAGCAGUUUUGUGAAGCACACAACGUAGUUUUGUGGGAACCGUUCAGAAAAUCGUUGUUGCUUUUUUUCAGCAAAAUUCGCGACAAAACGACGCUGUCCAACCGUCGUGGCACCCGAGACAAAGUGUGGAACAACCGCAGAGAGACGCCGGAGCACACAAUAGGGAUCGAGUGGUGAUUUUUUAAAUUGUCAUUGAAAAAUUGAGUGCAAGUACGAAAAUUGAUAGAGCAUUUGGACGUUCCACUCGGCAAAUUGCACGCGUUGGGCUGGCCUUCCCUUCCGUCUUUUGUUUAGUAUUUUUUGUUUAGUAUUGACCCGAGAAGUUCUCCAAUGUUCUUUCAAAGAAGUUAUGUUCGCUGAACUGAUCAAGUAGAAAAAAAGCAAUGUUUUGUUGAAAUUCUCAAUUUUCAGAUCCACAUGAUCGCGCUCUCGCAUCCGUUCUCGGGCAACGUGCACGGCCUGCGCGGCGCCGAUCUGCAGUGCUACCGGGAGGCACGGGCGGCCGGAUUCUCGACGACUUUCCGAGCGAUGCUCUCGAGCAACGUGCAGGACCUCGUCCGAAUUGUGCAUUCUGUCGACGCGGACACGCCCGUCGUCAACUCGGCCGGACAUCAUCUCUUCCCGUCGUGGCGCUCGUUCGUCAAUGGGGCACAGAUGAACGGACACGCGACUCUGCUUUCUUUCGACCGACACGAUGUGCUCAACGACUCCCGAUGGUGGGCUCUUUUUGAAAUUGCGACAGGAAAUCGUGAAACACUAGCGAAACGUUGUAGUACCUUUUAUUGCAAUUUUUAGGUUUGCAUUGUUUGAACCUAAUCAUUUUGGCUAUUCAAAUAUCAAUGUAACAAAUGUAUAAUAAUAGGGCUGGUCUUUUGGUCCACUUGAAAUAAACUAAAGCUUUACAGGCUUUUAUACUUGGAUUGAAGUAUGUCGGGACCGAGUUUCAGACGAAUCCGAUUAUCUGGUCUCGCGACAUACUAGUUUGAGGCCGAGACGACUACAUUCUUCGCAAAACGCGUAUAUCCCUGUACCAGAUGAUCCGAUCGGUCUGAAACUUGGACCCAACAUACUUCAAUCCAAGUCCAAGAGGCUUGCGAUGUUCGGACCCGACCGGAUCCUUGCUAAAAGUCCAGGCCAUCGGAAGCCUGGACCGUCCAAUUAUUUCACAAUGAAAAAACCUUGGUUCAAGACAUUUCAACCUGAAAAUUGAAAACAAUACCGGAAUUUUGAUACAACUGUUGAGAAAUGUGUCAUAAACGGUUCGGAUUAAUGAUAAUUUACAGGCCCGACAAGCGUGUCUGGCACGGAUCGAAGGACGGCGGAAUCCGCGCCGAACAGUAUUGCGACGGAUGGAGAAGAGCCGAUGGUACGGAGUUUUCAAGUUUCUUUUUAUAUCCGCAGAAAAUUUGAGUACAAACACAUGUGGAUAUUCGGUAAUUUUCAGGAUCAAUGACCUCGUUCGCCGGCCACAUUUUCUCGAACACCAGCCUGUUCCAAUCCACUCAAAUCGCUCAGUGCGACACGAAAUUGGUCGUUCUUUGUGUUGAGGUGAUUUUUUUUUGCUGAAAAACGGUUUUUCACACAAUUUGUUUUUAUUUGCAGAACAUGUCGAAAUACCACGGCGACAAGAUUCUCCGUCUACGCAGAAUUCAAUCGGACUUUCAAAAAUGA